AUGGACCGCCUGCCCAUAGAAAUGCUUGUUCUCAUCGGCGACCACAUACACGACAGUGAAUACCGACAUGGCAUCUUGCUCAAUCUGAGUCUAUGCUGCCGACAUUUUCACAAUGUAUUCCAACCUAUGAUCUACCAUUUCAUUGGAUGGUGUGACCCCAUGAUGUCCGUCGGAUUUAUUCGCUUUAUCAUGCGACUAUGGCGCCAACCAGAGCUUGCUAGUAAAGUUCGUCGGUUAGACAUAGACUGGUACGACAUAGAUUACCACGACUCCCACGAGUGUGGCCCGCGACCAAGGAAACAGCCCGCAAUCGAUAAACUGAAAGAGGAUACAAACGUUGUAUCAUUUAUCCAGGACGCGUUGGAUGAGAUCUUUACCCCAGAAGAGAAGGGAAUGAGAUCUGAGUGGGAAAAACAUCUUGACCCCAACAAUCUCUGCACAGAAUCAUGGCUGGGGCUACUACUUGUCCGGACGAACAAUAUCCAAACAAUCGUGUUCACGCACCAUGAAUCCCAGCUGAUGUCAGAUAUUCUACACAAAGCCGCAAACCGACAACGUCCAUUUCACAAAGCUACCCCAUUCCCGCAUUUACAAGAGGUCCGAGGAGGUGCUGCGUGGGAGAAAGCGUGGAUCGACUCGGAUUUCUUCACACCUUUCUUCUAUUUUCCUGCUGUUCGCAAGAUCUAUGUGUCUGUCAUUGGUGAGGAUAAAUACGAGGGGAAUAUGACGCUUGACAAAAGCUAUUGCUCGAACCAAGUUCGUGAAAUCAUCAUUGACGAGCUCUACUGGAGUCGAGAUAUGUUGGAUUGGUUUGAAGCAUGCACGAAACUCGAGCGUGUCUCCGUUAAUAUUGAUAUACAAGAGGAAAAGGCGAUAGAUGAGAUGCCUGACCAUUUGAAGUUUGAUGCAUCGCUAUAUCGCACGGGGCUUCUUCAUUCUGCCGCAACCCUCAAGUCUCUUCGCAUCAAUUAUGGUUCAUUGUACAGAAAUCGAUUGGAAGAGCAUGAUGCCCUUGAUGCGCCCUUUGGAUCAUUCAGAGACUUUGUUGUUGUGGAAGAUAUAGCGGUUCGACAUUCCCAUUUGAUGAAUACACGACCGCUGGUUGAAAUCUUACCAAUCUCUCUCAAGCGUCUUGAAAUCAAUCAUUUGAUGGAUGAUGAUGAUGAUGAUCUAGUACACUUGAUAUCAGAGCUUUCAGAUCUAGUUCAUCAGGGCUGUUGUGAGAACCUCGAACAGUUGCUUUUGCAAACCGACUUAGACAAUGGGUGUCCACACCUAGAUGCCCUCAAGCUCGAAUGCGAGGCCAGGGGCGUUUUCUUGGGGUACUCGGAAACGGAAGACUAG